CUGAGGCGGCGGCGGCGGUAGCGGCUCGGCUUGGGCAGGGGCCGAAGGGGGGAGGGUCAGACUGAGCCCUUCCGCGGACGCCCGUCCGUCCCCAGCCGCCGGCCGGCGCCAAGGCUCGGCGCGCCCGAGCGCGAGGGGCGCGGGAGUGCGUUGCGAGCGCCCAAAAAGCCUCCGAAGCGAGGGGAGGGGAGCGGGGAGGGAGACGGCGGGCGCAUGCGCCUGGGCCGAUCGAGCCAUAUUGGAUAUGAGGCGGUGAGCGGAGCGCCGGCGAGCCUUGCCCGAGCCCCGGCAGCGGCGCGGGGCUGGAAAAACUCCCCGCAGUGUUUGUCUGAUCAUCCUGCAAGCCUGUAGAAGCGAAGACACUGAGAGCAGAUGAGAUCAAGGCAGUGACUGGUUGGCUUUCUCUACUUCCUGCUCCCAAGGAUUAUUGCCAGAUUGCUGUGGAGAUGAAUGGAGAACAGCAGCAUGAGACAGAUGCAGGAUCAGGUGUGGAAGAAGCAGAAUUCAAUUGGGAGGAGUAUUUGGAAGAUACAGGAGCAACAGCAGCACCUCAUGGCUCGUUUAAACACGUGGACACUAGCCUGCAAAAUGGCUUUGCACCAGGCAUGAAACUAGAGGUUGCUGUCAAACCUGGCCCUGAUACGUACUGGAUUGCUACAAUCAUUACCACUUGUGGACCAUUACUGCUAUUGCGAUAUGAUGGGUAUGGAGAGGACAGGAAGGCAGACUUUUGGUGUGACAUCAUGACAGCUGACUUGCAUCCAAUUGGGUGGUGUGAGCAGAACAAGAAGACCCUCAAAGUGCCUGAAGGCAUCAAAGAUAAAAUUUCUAACCAGGAGGAAUUCCUUCAGCAGACUCUGAAAGGAGCUUGCAGUGCUCCUGCCACUCUUCUUGAAGGUCUCCAUCGAGGGAAGAAUCCCUUGGAUCUCAUUGCUCCCGGUUCAAGACUAGAAUGUCAGCACCUGAAUGAUUCUCUAGGAGCUUGGAUAGUCAAUGUUUCGGAAAAUGUUGGUGGAAGGCUCAAACUGCGUUACGAAGGACUCGGAGAUUUAGAUCAGUAUGACUUAUGGAUGUUCUAUUUGGAUCCCUUUCUCCAUCCAGUGGGCUGGGCAACUCAACAAGGAUACAUCCUUGAACCUCCACUAGCUGUUAGGCAUUUGAAGACUGAAGCAGAAUGGCAGGAUAUCCUAGAAAAAAUAAAAGAGGAGGAAGAAGAAUCUUUGGUUCCCACUGAUCUAUUUAAGGACAAACCUGUUGUUGGAACUCAUUCAUUCUCUGUGAACAUGAAGUUAGAAGCUGUUGAUCCCAAAGCUCCUUUCGUCAUCUCGCCAGCCACAGUUACAAAGGUUUUCAACGAUAAAUACUUUUUGGUAGAAAUAGAUUAUUUGCGACCCGAAUAUACCACAAGCCGGUCUUACGUCUGUCAUGUCAACAGUCCUGGUAUUUUUCCUGUGCAGUGGAGUCUAAAAAAUGGCUUGCAUCUCAGCCCUCCACCAGGUUAUCCUGGGCAAGACUUUGACUGGGCAGAUUAUCUCAAGCAGUGUGGAGCAGAGGCUGCUCCCCAAAACUGUUUUCCUUCGCUGACUUCUGACCAUGGCUUUAAGGAGAACAUGAAACUUGAGGCAGUAAACUCACAAGAUCCUGAAGAAAUUUGUGUAGCUACUGUUACAAAGGUGAAGGAUUCCUAUCUCUGGCUACAGCUGGAAAGUUCUAAAAUGCCAGUCCCUGAAUGCAUAGUGAGUGUGGAAUCUAUGAAUAUAUUUCCAGUAGGCUGGUGCGAAACAAAUGGAUAUCAGCUUAGACCUCCUCGCAGGGCAGUAGUGAACAAGGAAAAGAAAAUUGCAGUGGUCCAACCAGAGAAACCAAUAUUAUCCUCAAGAACUGUCCAUGAGGGACUAAAGAGCCAGGAACUCAACUCCGCUGAUACCGUUGUAACCAAUGGUAAAUACUGCUGUCCAAAGAUCUACUUUAAUCAUCGCUGCUUCUCAGGGCCAUAUCUUAACAAAGGUAGAAUUGCAGAACUGCCACAGUCUGUGGGACCAGGAAACUGUGUCCUUGUUCUUAAAGAGGUUCUUUCUUUGCUGAUCAAUGCUGCCUAUAAACCUAGCCGUGUACUUAGAGAAAUACAGCUGGAUGAGGAAGCUGCAUGGCAUGGAUACGGAGAGACCCUGAAAGCAAAGUAUAAAGGAAAGAGCUACCGUGCCACAGUGGAAGUUGUAAGAACAGCUGAUCGAGUUGCAGAGUUCUGCAGGCAGACCUGUAUCAAACUUGAAUGUUGUCCAAAUCUCUUUGGCCCCCAAAUGGUGCUAGACAAGUGUUCAGAGAACUGCUCUGUUCUGACAAAAACCAAAUACACCCAUUAUUAUGGGAAGCGAAGAAACAAAAGGAUUGGACGUCCACCAGGUAUCCACAGCAACACAGAGACAAGCAUGAAGAAGGCAAGCAGGAAAAGAAAGAAACGGAAAAACUUCUUUGUUCAUAAGAAGAAACGCUCUUCUACCUCUGUAGAUAACACACCUGCUGGCUCACCCCAGGGCAGUGGGGGUGAAGAGGAUGAUGAUCAGGAUGACAUAGAUGAAGAGUCCCUUACGGAAGACAGCACCUCUGAGCACCAGGAGGAACUGCUUGAAGAGUCUGAAGUGUCAGAAAAGAAAUCACGGUCAUCCUCCCCCACACAGAGUGAGCGAUCCCAUUUUGGAGCUCAGGACCGGGAAAAACGGAAAAGGAAACUACGCACCUUUUCUUUCUCAGAUGAUGAAAAUAAGCCUCCUUCACCAAAGGAAAUAAAGAUAGAAGUUGGAGAAAAGCUGCAGCUGGACAGCAACCCUCUGGAGUGGAGUGUAGCUGAUGUUGUGCGGUUCCUCAAAUCUACAGACUGUGCCCCAUUAGCUAGAAUAUUUCUGGAUCAGGAAAUAGAUGGACAGGCACUUCUCCUGCUAACUCUUCCCACUGUUCAGGAGUGUAUGGACUUGAAACUUGGCCCAGCCAUUAAACUUUGCCAUCACAUUGAAAGGGUUAAAUUUGCCUUCUACCAACAGUUUGCUAACUAAAGGGAGGGAGUGAUGAGUUGGAAGAUGAAUUUUUAAAGCACAACUGCAGCAUCCUGCUCUUCCUUCAACAGGGUGAGGCGAGGAAGGUCAGACGGAAACUGCUUAUAAACUGGCAUUUGCAGUCUUGCACUUUGAGGGGAGGGAAAAAAAUACUUGGAGCAAAACAUUAAUGCAAUCCCAGCUAUUUUCACAGCUGUCUAUUGGCUUAAGAAUGUAGUAGUUGCUUGUUCUGUACAUCAGGACUUUUUUUGAUGAAUAAAGGUGGUUGUAAUCUCUCCUCUAAGGGGAGAAAAAAUUCCUGUAGUUCUGGUCUGAAAUGGACAGACUUGGCGGCACAUGGAAGGGAAUGCAGAUUGAUGGACAUCUCCUUGCCAUUUGCAGAACUACUUCAUUUUCUUUGUCUUAAACAUUAUUUUUUAAACAUUAAUAUCGCUGAUUGCCAAGAUUAAGUGGUGUGGCCAAAAGCUUGAAAACUGAAGUGCAGCCAGAUGUUUUUUGUUUGUGAUUUUUAUUUUGGAACUUGCUUUCUACCUCCACAGCCUGAAAAAAAAAGCUAUGAGGGAAUUACAUUUUCCGGGGAAGGUCAUAUAUGGCUAUGCAACACAUGCUUUUCUGCAGUCAAAAUAGGAAUGCCAACAUUUUUUCACCUGAAAAAAAUGGUUCUGGGCCUCCAAAAGUUAUCUGACAGUUACAAAUUUAAAAAGUUAGAGCUGUUUGUCAUGGAGAGGGAGUGGUGGUGAAGUUUGUGCCUGCCAAGGUGGUGACAGAAUUUCUGCCUGCCAAGGCACAGAGAGGACAAGUUUUGGGAAUUGUAGAACAGGAGGUUUGAAUGUUAACAUGUGGCUCUGCUUUACAGAUAAGCUGCAACCUAUUUUAUUUUUUAACUGAAAGCUGCACAGAAAUAUUGACACUUUAGUAUAAUUUCUCUUUUUGGAAAUAUUUACUAGAAUAUUGCAUGGUAUGAGAUUGGGCUUAAGUCUUCUCGUAUUCUCAUUUGUUUUUGGAAAUUGACCUUCCAUCUGUAGAGGAAGAACAAACAGAAAUGUUGAGCUCCUAUCAAUUCUCCAAUGUUUAAAGGGUUUCUCCAGAAAAUUGUAGUUGUUUUGUAAAUGCAUGGGUGAAAUGUCGUCUUCCCUCUUCUAUCUUAAGUAUAUAACAGAAAUGAUUUGUGAUGUCCUUUUUGUUGGACAGUUCAUGCAGCCUGUACUGUGUGUACACCUUAAGAGAUGGGGUCCAUAGUUCUCUACAUAACUUUGUGGGUUUAUGUAGAGAAAAUUCAGCUAUGGUCAACUUAAUAAUGUGCUAGCUAAUGCUUAUCUAUACAGCAACUGCCCACAACUGCAACAACUGUUGGUGCACAUUGCUGAACAAUUACAGGUUUUAAUUUCUGCAGAGUGAAUCCAGCUUCAUUGGGAUCCAGCCAUGCACCAAGUGGGCUUCUGCACCCAUUAUAUGUGUCUAUUAAAUUUGAAGUAUAUCCGCGUCACUGGAUCUUUUUGAUCUUCACAGUUUGAAACAUUGUCUUCCCGCAGAGUCACGUUCCAGGAUAUAUAUGAGUGCUGUUUAGGAAGAGGGUUGUAUGGUGUCUUAAAAGAAAUGAAUAACCUUCCUAGCUUUAUGAGACCCUAGAUAAGAGUAUGGAUGCAGUGAAUGAUUACUCAGAGCUUUCAUACUUCAGGUUUCAACCAAAGUAGGUUAGUAUAUUAAAUGCUGUGUAAAUGAGCAUAUGGACCAAGUUUGCUAUUACAUUUAUAUAUUGAAAUGAGUGCUAUUCAAUUGGUCCAUUUAUUUAUGACAAAUGCACUUGUAUGUGUUGGUUUGAAUGCCUCUCUGUGUGGAUCCAGGUUUUUUCAUUAUCCAGCUUCAGUGCAUCUUUUGCUUUAUUAAAAAGGUAACUAUUGGGUACCUUCUGGGGGGGGGGGAAUAAAAAAUCAUAAGAAUGGCAUAUGUACAAAACUUGUAUGUCUUGAGAUUUUCAGAGUUUUUAAAGUAAAACUUUCAUACUCCAUGCAUUGCUGUAAAUAAGUCAACUUAUGUUUCUGAAGCCAGUGGAGUAGGUGCUGGCUAUCUGUGAUAUAUUUAUAAGCUAAUAUUUCUGCCCUAUUUUAGGAGUUUGAUCCCAGUGGGAUCCAUUUGGGGCUGUCAGAAAGAGAGAUGUUUUCCAUUGUUUGUUACUUUAAGUCAUUUCUAUGCAACACAUGAGUAGUUGUACACUUCAUUUCUUGAGGCAAUUCAAGCAUAUCUUGUGGGCUGAAUUUGAAGCCAUCUGCAAAGCAUUCAUCCCCUAAAUAGCCCUGGAAUAUUUUCCAACUUCAUGGAAAUGUAACCUCAUCUACAAACCCUUCAUUUCUUUCCAUUUACUGCCCAAAUCGGUUCAAUUGGAAGCUUGUCUGACUUAAUGCUGAUAAAACUUCAAAAGGUUCUUGUACUACUGUAGUAGAGUGGGAGAGAGUCUGAAAAGUUAGAUAACAUUGUGUAUUUUAACUAUGCUAAUGACAUUCUUAACUAGGAUAAAGUACAUGUGCCCAAAGCAGAGAGUGAAAAAGAUAAACAUAAUUGUUAGAUCUAUGGGGGCUAGUUGCUAUACAAUGACUACAUGAAAAUAGAUUUAUAGGUACUCUUAUUAAACAACAUAGGUUUUCAACUUGAUUGGCUUUUGAGGGUGGGAAACAGCAGCUUAUAAAGCUAUCAUCAAAAUAAAUUCAGUACAUAAUUUUGGUUUACACUUAAAGGUUCUAAGUUGCCUCCUGGUAACUGGCACAGCUAUCUAAUAAAACGUGAGAUAGUUGAGAUAGUUCUGGUCUAAUUUUACUUGGCAUAGCUACCACUUCUAUAAUGCUAGAAACUUGAAUGAAGGUGGGAAGCCUGUGCCAUGAAGGGCUUAUUCCAGACUGAAAGAGACAGGGGUUGGGGUGGGGAAUGACAGUGCUUUAAAAAUUUAUGUACCUGCCAUGCAAUUGCCAAUCCUGUUAAGAUAAUGGAAACAUUAUUAGUCCUUUCACAAACCCACUUCUGGUUUGUGAAAGGACUAACCAGAGGUGGGUUUUUAGCUACCCUUGAUCUAGCUAGCAUGCCCAUGCUGGGUGUGGCCACCCCAUGCUAUGCAAGCACAAAGGGCUAACUCACAAACCUCUACAGCCAUUCCAUCAAUGUCUAAUUUAUAAAUGUUUCCCUUUUUUCUGCCACUGCCAAAAAAUUGCCUUGAUGGAGCUGGUGAGACACCUGGACCCAGUGGUUAGCCACGAAUGCUUUACAGUAAGGCAGAAUAAGUUGAAUAUGAAAUCUAUAGCAGUGUGUCAAUUAGGGUACAAUACCAGCAGCAAAGGAUUUUGCAGACCUCCCUAUCUACAGGCUAAGAAGGAAAUCAGCAUUCAGAACCCCUCUACCAGCUGCCACAGAUAGGACUGGCAUCUUUGCCCCUCUACCAUUGGUGCUUCAGCGUCGGGGGGAAACGGGAUGGAUCAGGAUCCAAGGCCCUCCUGUUCUCCCAACACACCUUCUGGGAUGCAGUAUGGUCCUGGAGCACCUGAUCCCAGUGAGACCAGCAGGGCUUGGCAUCUGGCAGUGCUGCUGCCACAGACCCUUCUCUUCCCCCUCCUCCAUUCUCAUUGGAUGACUCUACCCUUUAGUGAAAUGAGCACACACUUUUUGUCUGAUUUGCAGAUACUUUUUAUGUAUUACUAGCCAAAGCCUAAUCAGCUCAAAAGUUUGUCUUGUUGGAAAAUUUUGCAUGCCAGAUUACCUAGGCAAUGCACAUCUUCACAUGAGCAGCUUGCUUUCUGCACACAUUGUGAGGCUUUAUGAAUUCAUCAGACGUGUUGCCAAAAGUAAUUUUACCAGAGGAAAGAAAACCAUGUUUUAAAUAAAGCUUUUGUUGCGAUUUUCAGUUUUGCCUAAGAUUUUGCCUACUGUGAAAGUAAUAUCUGAAAUACCAAGAUUUGCUAAGCACAAAGGGACUUGCCUGAAAACUUCAUGAGUGUAAAUUUGACUGUUUGCUGAGAACUCAUGCUAGUAUUAACUUUCCCUAAAUCAUUCAUAUAUGAACUGUGUUGUCAAAGGUAGCCUUUUAACCAAAAGGCUGCAAUGGGGUUUGAGCAUGCAAUUUUAAAAGCUCAUUAUAUAAUCCAUUAUAUAAACCAUAGAUCCAAACCCAGAAGCAGGGUGGUGGGAGUAACUUUCCCACCCUUCUUCUCUCCAGAGGAGCCCCAUUGAAAAGGUACUAGGAAUGCUGCAUAAUUGGGGUAUGAUGUGAUGAAAGGGGAAGUAAUAGAAAAGAGAUGCUCCAAGCAGAUGCUACAAUUGUGUCUGCCCAUAUAUAUUUUUUGCAGAAAGAAAGUAAGUCUACUUCUGCCCAGCGCCUUUCGUGGGUAGAUCUCUGGAUCCUUGUGUAUGCAGUAAGCUAAGCCACUGCAGGCUGGAUUAGUGCUGAUGAGAUCUGUAGUGAACCUUGCUAGUGUGAAUUCUUUUUUGAAAAGGGUAAAAAUUGAAGACACUAGAAGUACAGCAGUUAUUUAGUUACUUGCUUGUUAGAGGAUCAACCUAAUUAUUGCACUGCUGCUGACCAGAUUACUUAAAAGAAUAAAAUCAAGAUUGAACCAUGGAAUGCAGCACAAGGCUUUCCCCAGACUCCAGAAUUAAAUGCAAUGUUCCACCAGCUUCUUGUCUUAAACUUCAGGAGUGUGGAAACUGGAUUUACCAGAACUUUGGAACUUCAAGUAAUGAGUUGAAGUGAUUUAAAUAAUUUUUUUGUGAAGAACUUACUCCUUUAACUGCAACUUCUAAGAAACCGUAAGUACUAUCUAUAUCAUAGAGGCUUCAUGUUUGUCAGCUUCUGCUGCUGCUACCUAAUCACCCAGUCCACUCUCAUACAGCACCACUGCACACAGAUUUUUCCAUUGACCUCUGAACCAGUUCUGUUAGUGUUUAUAGACAAUCAGAAAUCUCUUGAAAGAGCCUUCUAGGGCAGGUACUGCCAGCAUAUAUGUAGAUCUGUUUUGUUGUAAUAAAUCAUUGAACAUGCACUUUCCCCGCUUUGUUCUUUCUUUCUUUUAAAAAAAUAAAAAUUAAAGAUGUAUAUUGUGUUGUUCCUCCUGCUUGCUGUAUUUUUCUUUGAUUUAAUAUAUAUAAAUUAUAUGUGUGAACUGAGGGUAAAAUUCAAAAAUGGAGAAAUAUGCACAUAAAAUAUGCCUAUUGAAGUUCCUCCUUUACUGGAUAGAUGUGUCAGUUAAAGGGUUAAAAUAUUUUAAAUGGAUUAUUUUGCUUGUUUUUUUCUGUAAAUGAAUGUACAUAAUUUUGUGGUACUUCAUUACCGUUUAAAGUGAUUGUAAGUAAAUUUUAAAAAAUACUUAAAUUGCUGCUGGUCUACUUUUGUGUCAAUAAGCUAAGUAUUGCUUGAGUGUUCAGAAUUCCAUGUUAUAUGUGUCAUUGAGGGGAAAUUGGAUUACAUUACUACUGGUAAUACAUAAGAAGCACUUGAGGGUUCAUAGGCACAAAGGUGAAUUUCCAAGUGUUUUACAAUUAUGGUUCAAGAAACAUUAUCAUAUGCUCUUAGCGCUGGGCUUAUUUGCCUGUGACCGUUUUAGGAAAGAACUUUUGCAAAAAAAUCUGCUGGUAAGAAUGCUGCUAGAUAGACCAAAAGCUUUUCUUGCCUAAUAUUCUGUUGUCCACAAUGGCCAAUCCAGGGCCUCGGUCAUGAAACGAACAGGAACUGAGUCCAGUAGUAACUCUCAUGUGUUCAACAGCAUGCAGACUCUUGUUAGUGGAGGCAAUAUACCAAUAGUGGGGUUUUUUUUAAUACUGUUUUAUUGGUUUAUCAAAACAAAUACAGAGACAUGUAUAUUUUCAGUUUAAAAAAGUAAAUCAUGGUUGGAAAUUUAAGUUGCAUUUAUAUUGGGACCCCCUUCCUGCAAAAAAUAAAAAAUAGUUUCCCAUGUCCACUUCAGUUUGUAAAGGGAUAUUGAAGUAGAUUUCAGAACCUCACUUGAUGUUUCUUUUCCCGGUGGUUCCUAGAGAAGGGUUGAUUAAAGUAACACCAGAACCAAAUUAGGUAGUGUUACUAGCAUAUAAUGAAUCAAUUUGUAUUGUGGCCAGCAAACUAAGAUUGCACUCUUAAGACACUCAUCUGUUGAACACAAUAGGUGAAGCUUAUUUCUGAACAGGCAUGCAUAGAUAGGAUUAACCUACAAGCAAUUUUUUCUCCGGCCAAACUCCAUACUUUGUAGUGAUCUUAGAAAUAAGAAAAUGUUUUAUUGCAUUAAUGUUUAAACAUGUAAAAAUAAUUACCAGCAAUCACCUUAUCUCCCAACAGUAUUGCAUGCUGAGAACUACUAGUGUAAGGUGAUGAAAGCUCAAGAUGACACCUCCUAUUUUAAUUAGGUUUGAUAAAUCUGGUUCUGAUAAAUCUCAUAACAAAGUGAGCUCCUGGGAAAAGAGGAGGAGCUUGGAUAAGUCAAUGGGAAGACAUAUGAAACUUCAGAUUUUUCCACAGGGGAAAUUCUGCUUUGGACACAUGUCAAAAUGCGUAUCCUCAAAAGUUGCCGAGCUGCAUCAAUUCACUUACCAAAGUAUUACUCAAAGCACAUAUUUGAUGCACACCCUAAUCUUAAUAACUAUUAAUUAUCUUAAUAAUCUUAAUUAUUGUGUUAUAUGUGGUUCAAUAUUUGUUUCAGCACCAGAGGAAACUUUGUAAUUAAAAUACACAACUUCAAGAUUUGGAAUUUAAAAUGUUUGUUUUUUCUAGAUUGCCUCCUGCUAGAGUUAAACUCAUUUGAGCUACAAGAAACAUAACAUGUAGUGUUAAAGUUCUGCCAUUUACAAUACUGUACAAUCCUAUACAAAUCAUCAUCUCGGAUGUAAGCCUAGUUUGAGCAGGACUUCACUUGGGCGUAAAUGAAUAGGAUUGCAGCCUAAAGCAGAAAAAUACAGUACGGUAGUUCAGUAUAAACUCAGAAGUAAACAUUGUGCUGCAUACACUUAUGCACUGUUUAGUUGAAAACAAAGAAAUGAAAAAACUUCAAUCCACAUUCUCCAGCCUGAAAGCACAUGCAAUUGAAUAUAGCUGAAAGCACAUGCAAUUGAACCAUUCUCAUUAUACAUUUAAAACAUUUUAUUUCCUUCUUGGGUAGAGAAUUGUCAUGGCUCAGACAUGUCAUGGGGGUUGAUAUCCAAUGGCCUGGUAGAAGUUUAUCUUCUAGUAUGCAACAAGAUACUAAUAUUUGCUCUCAGGUAUUGAUAAGCCUUCAUUGUACAAAUCAAUACAGCAGAUAUUUUAUUAUAUACAGUAUUGAGAUCAGUGUGAUGUUAAUAAAUAUCCCAGUUCACAAUUACAGCUAUAAAUCAUGAGAAAACAGUUGGUUACAGACACGAGAGUGACACAAACUAGUUUUGUGACAUAUCCUCUAUCAAAAGAAAAUUCAACCCAUUCUAAGUAUACUUGACUCCUGGCAUAAAUAUAUUUUUGCUGGCAUCCAUUUAUUACUAAAUUGUGUUAUAUAAAACUAGAGUACAAAAGUCAGCAAUGAAUAGAAUGUCUUUUUGCAAUCUUAACCAUUUCUACUCAAGAAAAUUACUGAGUUCUGUAGGGGUUUACCCCCAGGUAGGUAGGUAGGAUUAGGAUUGCAUCCUAAAUGCAAAAUUAAGAAAUCCACGACACUGCAGCAAGUACAAAAUGUCAAACUAGUCUUGAGAGUCUAAUACAGUACGUACAGAAAUUAACAGGCACCUGUGUUUCUCAGUGCUAUUUGUACAGUAUCCAGCUCUGAGCCUUAAGACCAGCUAAGACAAGAGACACAAGUCUUGAGCUCAAGUCCCUGUGCCAAAGUUUUAAAAAGUCUAAACUAAAUUCCCUAUUAGCCAUCUCCAAAGCAUCCUGAAAGCUGCCAUUUCUAAACCUUGCCAAGACAUUGUUUCUCAAACAAAUGGCAUGUGU